AUAUGAUUAGUAAAUUAAAUGACUUUCAUCGUACCAAACACUGAAUCUUAACUGAUUAAAAUAUUCUUUUAUCUUAUUUUUCCUUUUUUUUCAUUUUGUGUUUUGGGGUGUAGAUGCAUCAACAGCAAGCAUGAUUGGAAUAAAUUAUGGAAGGCUAGGAAAUAAUUUACCAUCUCCAUAUCAAUCAAUAGAGCUUAUAAAAACCAUGAAAGCUGGUAGAGUCAAGCUUUAUGAUGCAAAUCCAGAGAUACUUAGAUUAUUAUCAGGUACAAAUCUUCAUGUCUCAAUCAUGGUUCCAAAUGAUCAAAUCUCAGCUGUUGCUGCAAGUCAGUCAGCUGCAAAUCGAUGGGUACGCGACAAUGUUCUUUCGUACUAUCCAAACACGAUGAUUCGAUACAUUUUAGUAGGAAAUGAAGUUCUAAGCAACAAUGAUGAUCAAAGUUUAUGGUAUGAUCUUGUACCAGCCAUGAGAAAUAUCAAGAAUUCGGUCGAUGAACAUAACAUUCACAACAUAAAAAUUGGUACCCCUUUAGCCAUGGACAUAUUGCAAACCUCAUUUCCACCUUCAAGUGGUGAAUUUAGGUUAGACAUUCCAAGAAACAAUCUAUUGUUACCAUUGUUGAGGUUCUUGAAUUGGACAAAAUCGUACUUUUUUAUUGACGUGUACCCUUAUUUCUCAUGGUCCCAAAAUCCAUCUUCCAUAAGUCUUGAUUUUGCACUAUUUAAAGGAACUCACACCUAUACUGACCCUGAUAGUGGCUAUGUUUACACAAACCUCUUGGAUCAAAUGCUUGAUUCUGUCGUUUUCGCCAUGCAAAAAUUAGGAUUUUACAAUAUCCGACUAGCAAUAGCAGAAACCGGAUGGCCUAAUGGAGGUGACUACGAUGAAAUUGGUGCCAAUGUCUACAAUGCAGCUACAUACAAUCGAAAUCUUAUACGUAGAAUCACAUCACAACCGUCUAUUGGGACACCAGCUCGUCCAGGGACAGCGAUACCGACAUUUAUUUUUUCUCUCUACGAUGAAAAUCAGAAGGGUGGUCCGGGGACAGAGAGGCACUGGGGUUUGUUACAUCCUAAUGGUAGGCCAAUUUACGAUAUCGACUUGACAGGAGAGAUUCCAGAAGCUGAAUUUUCUAAGUUACCUGGCCCCAAAAACAAUGGACCAUUUCAUGGGAAACUGUGGUGUGUGGUGACAAAAGAUUUUGUGAAUGAAUUUGAUUUAGGGCAAGCUUUGGAAUUUGCAUGUAGGAGAAAUGGGACUUGUGAUGAAAUUGCUCCUGGAAGAUCAUGUUAUCAACCUGUUUCAAUUGUGUCACAUGCAAACUAUGCAUUUAGUUCAUAUUGGGCCAAGUUUAGAAAAGAUGGUGAAACAUGUCAUUUCAAUGGGCUUGCUGUUCAGACCACUAUUGACCCAAGUCAUGGAUCAUGCAAAUUCCCUUAUGUUUCUCUCUAAAAACAGCAUGGAAGAUACAUUUGGAGCCUACUAUAUUAAAUCUCAUUUUGAUAAGUAGAAUCUUUCUUAGGAGUAUUGAGAACUUGCAAUAAACUUUAUUAUUUUCU